UUACCAUCGCCUAAGUUUAUUUACUUUUCAUUAUUUUCUUUUGUAUGGAAUGAGAACGUUUUGAAACAAUAUAUCCUUUAAUCCGAGUAAUUUACCGUUUUCACGGCGUGUUUUAUGCACCGGAUUUGAAAUGCAUAAUAAUUGGUUAGGCGCCACCCGUUAUUAAAAUACUGCCCUGGUAUGUUAUCUCUGUUGAGAUUGUUGUGUUUUUACGCACUGGGACUGGGCUAUGGGAAGCUUGUGCGUGGACAGGAUGACAACCCGGAUCCUGGAACCCGGUUCCUAUGCCGAGCCAUCGCCGUUGGCGCCGACACUUGUUUGGUCCCCGUAGUUCCGGAACCAAACCCGGCGGCUCAGGAGGAAGUGUUGGGGAACACAGUCAUGCAGCUCCGGGAAACGGUUCUCCAACAGAAAGAGACGAUAGUCAACCAACUUGGGACCAUAAACGAGCUGACCACCAAGCUCUCCAUCUGCGAGUCAGCCUCUGAGGAAGGGAAGUAUGAUAGUGGUGGAUCUUGGAGUAAAGACAAAAAUAAUCAGAACACAAUGGGAGAUGUACCCAGAGAUCCCAAUGAUACAAUCGACAACCUCGGGAAGACCAUGCAGAGUCUGAAGGACCGACUGGAGAACCUAGAGCAGCAGCAGAGAGCCAACACGUCGGGAGCGUUGUUCCCCAGCGAGCUGAGAGACCUGCUGCAGCGCAGGCUGGGAGACCUGGAGAAACAGCUGCUCAGUAAGGUCAACAACCUAGAGGAAGAGAAGUCUCUGCUCUACAACGAGACCACAGCCCACAGGCAGAAGACAGAGAGCGCCCUCAACUCCCUGCUGACCAGGAUCAAUGAGCUGGAGAAAGGUGGCGGUGGGUUCAAGUCCCCCGAGCAGUUUAAGCUUGUCCUCCCUCUGCGUACUAACUACCUGUAUGGCCGCAUGGCCAAGAGCCUUCCUGAGAUGUACUCAUUCACGCUGUGCAUGUGGCUGCGGUCCAGCGCCGGCCCUGGCAUAGGCACCCCGUUCUCCUACGGGGUGCCAGGACAGGCCAAUGAGAUUGUGCUCAUCGAGUGGGGCAACAACCCCAUAGAGCUGCUCAUCAAUGACAAGGUGGCUCAGCUGCCUCUGUCGGUGGGUGACGGGAGGUGGCAACACAUCUGUAUCACCUGGACCACCAGGGAUGGUCUGUGGGAAGCUUACCAGGAUGGUCAGAAGCUGGGGGCAGGGGACAACCUGGCCCCCUGGCACCGCAUCAAACCUGGAGGAGCCAUCAUACUGGGGCAGGAACAGGACAUGGUGGGCGGGCGCUUUGACGCCACACAGGCCUUUGUGGGUGAGCUGAGCCAGGUUAACAUCUGGGACAAGGUCCUGAAGCCAGCCGACAUCCUCACCAUGGCCAACUGUUCCUCCUACACCCCCGGGAACGUGGUGUCCUGGCUGGACAGUGAUGUGGAGGUGUUUGGAGGAGGAGCAGCCAAACUGCCUCUAGAGAUAUGCCAGGACCGGCUGUCUGAGACUGAGUCUUAGGAUGGAUGUCUGUCUGUGACGUGUUGAGAGUCAUGUUCUGGAUCUUGACGCCUACUGUACGUGCUACGUGUAAUGCUUUUAAUGUGUUUUGUUUGGCUGUCUGUGUAAGGAAAGGCUGAUUCCAGAUGAUUCUACUACACACAGAUCCAGUUCUACACGCACACACACUGGCAAACACAGACUUAAUGACACUGGAUUUGGCAUGCGAGGCUGGCUUAGGCUUGCAUGUGGCAUGGGCAGUGUAAGGUACACAUAUUAGCCGUCCCAAGAAUCACGUACAGUAACCUACGUCCCAGGACUGACAAACAGUAGCCUACGUCCCAGGACUCACGUACAGUAGCCUACGUCCCAGGACUCACGUACAGUAACCUACGUCCCAGGACUCACGUACAGUAACCUACGUCCCAGGACACACGUACAGUAACCUACGUCCCAGGACUCACGUACAGUAACCUACGUCCCAGGACUCACGUACAGUAACCUACGUCCCAGGACUCACGUACAGUAACCUACGUUCCAGGACUCACGUACAGUAACCUACGUUCCAGGACUCACGUACAGUAACCUACGUCCCAGGACUCACGUACAGUAACCUACGUCCCAGGACUCACGUACAGUAACCUACGUCCCAGGACUCACGUACAGUAACCUACGUCCCAGGACUCACGUACAGUAACCUACGUCCCAGGACUCACGUACAGUAACCUACGUCCCAGGACUCACGUACAGUAACCUACGUCCCAGGACUCACGUACAGUAACCUACGUCCCAGGACUCACGUACAGUAACCUACGUCCCAGGACUCACGUACAGUAACCUACGUCCCAGGACUCACGUACAGUAACCUACGUCCCAGGACUCACGUACAGUAACCUACGUCCCAGGACUCACGUACAGUAACCUACGUCCCAGGACUCACGUACAGUAACAUACGUUCCAGGACUCACGUACAGUAACCUACGUUCCAGGACUCACGUACAGUAACCUACGUCCCAGGACUCACGUACAGUAACCUACGUCCUAGGACUCACGUACAGUAACCUACGUCCCAGGACUCACGUACAGUAACCUACGUCCUAGGACUCACGUACAGUAACCUACGUCCCAGGACUCAAGUACAGUAACCUACGUCCCAGGACUCACAUACAGUAACCUACGUCCCAGGACUCACGUACAGUAACCUACGUUCCAGGACUCACAUACAGUAACCUACGUCACAGGACUCACGUACAGUAACCUACGUCACAGGACUCACGUACAGUAACCUACGUCCCAGGACUCACAUACAGUAACCUACGUCCCAGGACUCACACACA